AAUCAUUUCGUUUCGAGAAACGAACGCGAGAGCAUGUCAGUGCAGUGCGAUAAUCCAAACGGAAUAUUUUGUCCGCAGACACCAGUGUGAAGAACUACAUCGUGUGUGUGUUGAACAAGAAGAGUGUAUUUUGCUUCGAAGGCGACGUUGCACCAAGCAGGCGACCGGAGCGCUAGAGCUCUAUUUCAGCGGAGUGUGGAACAGGACAGAGGAAUAACAGCAAUAAUAAAAGUGUGAUUUAUUUGAAGCUCCUUCGUCGGGCUCGGCUUUGGAUACAGUGCGGAUUCAGUGUUGUAGUUCCCAAGGGGAUCAAAUAACGGUCACGUUUGCUUUGAUUAGCGAUUAAAUUGUAUCUAUUAGAAGUGAUUGAUUAUAUUGUGUGGGCUUAUCCAUUUCAAUCGCAUUUUGGUGUUCGCAAAUCCGGCGGAUUCAACCCUGGUUGGAGAUAUUUUUUCUCGGUUGCUGCGGUAGUGAAACAGCGCCACUACCGACCAACAGUCGUACUAGGCUUAGAGGUACAGUGAGAAAUGGCGACAGCCUCAAAAUUGAAUUUGAUUUCAUUGAUUUCGGAACGAGUGUGCAAUUUUCGGCCCGACCUAUAGACACAUUGGUGCAAAAUUUGUGUGUGUGAUUUUGAGCGAUUGACAGAGGUUUUGGAAAAGAGGCAAAAUGUCGACAAAGGACGUUGAAAAAAAUAUCGGUUUAGCGCAGUUUGCUACAACCGGAGCGGAGACUGCUGCCGACGAAACCGAAAUGAUCGGAACAGCGGCAGCAGCGCUCGGUGUGGUGUCCGAACGAACUAUCGGCACGGUGAGAGAAACCCGAACGAUGAGUGUGGAUGCGAACGAUUCGGUUGCUUCUCCCACUGUUCGAGUCGUCGGUGGUGGGUUGGUUAUGUCCCCCGGGGGUGGAAAAGCGACGGAACACAACAGCGAUGGUAGUGACAAAAACAACAGUAAACGUAAAACGCGCCGCGGCAAAACCAAGCGUGGUAAACGGUCGACUAGUUCGCGACCUUACUCGAAGUCCCAAUGGAAGUUCCAUGUUCCCUUAUUGCGGACAACCGCGGCUAACAAACGUCGCGUCAAGUUGACCAGAUUGACCGCUGGAAGUUCUAGGAUGAUCAGCAUAACGGACCCAUUUAUGUUGUCCGAUCAGCCACCGCUAGUGCCAUACAACACCAAUCGCUUCCUGAUGGAAGACCACAUGCCCCACGUCCUAACGCCCUCAGGUAGAACCCGUGAUUCUAGUUUUUCUAUAGAUUCAGAAGAAAAUUAUUUCUACUCACUACCAGAGGACGAAGAGGAAUUCCUCACCAAGGAGUUCUCCAGCGUGUACGAGGACGCGCGCUCGGAACGGUUGGAAGGGCUCAGCAAGAGCCAGCUGAUACAGGAGUACUUGCAGCUGGAGGCCAACUAUGAGCAAGUCACGCGACGCUACAACGCCGCCAAAUCGCUCCCCAUCAAGGAGGAAAACGAAAGUGCUGUGAAUAUUGCAACGGCGACGACGAUGACGACGACUACGGCAAAAGAUGCAACCGAGGGAGGCGCGGUGGUGGCGUCUUUGGCUGCACCGCCUGUGGCAGCAAUAGAUCGACGGCGGCUGGAGGAAAGGAUUCGGGAGCUCACUACUGAGAACCUGGAACUCCGUCGUCAAUUGGAGCAUGCAUCCCGCAUCGGGAUGGUCUUAUCGGCCAAAUCUUCACCAAGGAACUACGGUGGCCCCGUUGUUGGAGCUGCAGCUGGCGAGCGAAUGGACAGCUCCUCGUGCCAUGGCACGAGCAGCGAGGACAGCGAAUCGGACAGCUCCUCCUCGACGAGUUCCAGCAGCAGCGACAACGACAACGAUGACAGUGCCAGCAGCAUGAGUGACGACGAGAACGAUGUUGUCCGGCGAGGAGCGGCCCGCGACAGCGACCGAGAACCGUUGGUCGUUGCGAUGGACGGCGCCGACGAGGUUGGCAUCCCGAUGGAAUCGAACGGCUACCAUGAUCUGCAGAACGGCGACCUGCUGGCCGACGACGAGGAUGGACUGAGCGAUGAAGAAGGCAUGGCCAACGGACCGGUGUCGCCGCGAAGUGGUCAAAGCAUCAACUCUCCUCCGCCGCCUCCAUUGGUGACGAACUGAACUGCUCAAAAUAUUAGGUGGGAUGCUUGCUUAUAAUUUUUUGCUACUUUUAUUAUUUCAAGUUUAUUAACAACCACAACUGAUAGUCAUAUUUUAGGUAAGCCUAAGUUAAUUUCUCAAUAUUUGAGAACCAUUUUUUUCACUUUCAUCGUUUUAUCGAAUCAUUGAAUAGAUUUUAGAGAUUUAUUAAUAUAAAGCUUCUUCGUGAAUGGUUUAAUAUAGAUUUAAAGAAUAAAAAUGAAAAUAUUUUCAACAAAAAGUGAACCCUCAAUCUACUUGUGAAGAACUAAUGUUAUACAAUUUAAGGUUUUUGUUUUGUUUCAAGCGGCGAAUGAAAGCGAGACAAAACAAAAAUGAAAUAAAUAUGUGAUUUUUUAAUUAUAAGAAUAAUCGCGUUGAAAGUAGAGACAUGUGACAGGCAGAAUCAACAAAAGGGAACUUCAUUGAAAUCAUCCUUCUUGUUUCGUCUAUUUCAAGUGGGAAAACAUUGCACUGGUCAUCAAAGCUUAGUAGGAAAAACUCUUACGACCUACCUACUUUGAUAUUGAAGCUUUGAUUUUGCUUUUCUUUUUAACAUUUCCUCAUUAUUUUUCUUUUAUUUUUUCUAUGUUGUAUUAUUUAUCACAAAAUCGUAACUAAAAACUGAAAUAAAAAUCUAUAAUUUGGAUGGGUUUAAAUAUGUUUCCAAGAAUCUUAUUAUUUCAUUAAAUUUCGUUCAUUGAAUAUUGGUUUAAUUCUCUUGAAUAAAAAAUCGGCUAUUGAGAUUAAGUACACAAUCAUAAUUUUAGAGCAUUUUACUAUGAAAUUCCAUCAAAGCAUCCCAUUGAAUACAAAAAUAUCUGAUUUAUGACAAUUUUGUGUAAACAUGAGAUUGUGCAUUAUUGGGAGACAUUUUAGAAAUUUAGUUUUUAUUUUUCCAAUAGGGUAACUGUAAAUAUUUUGGCUAUGUUCCUACUUUUGCCAGUUUCUCGCAUAACUUAAAAAAUAAAGCAAUUUCCGAGGGGUUUAUCAGCUCCAACAUGAGAUAUAUCCCUUAUGAAACUGAUCGAUAUUU